ACAUGCGUGGGCUACCGUCGUUGUCAAACGUGUGCCGCUUGUCAUAAUGUGUUAUAAGCUGUAAUUUCAGUGUUUUUGGUGUAUAAAACUUAAUUUUAUUAAAGAUUCAAAAUGAACGCCAUAGCGGCAUUGGCCAUUGGCAUGGUCUUUAUAGGCUGUUGCUCCAACGUAGUUUUUCUGGAGCUGGUGGUGAAAGAAGAUCCGGGGGCGGGUAACUUGGCCACAUUCCUGCAAUUUGUGUUUAUAGCUGUUAUGGGAUUCUGUACGGUGGGCAAAUUUGGUACUGCAAAAAGGAACAUACCUUUCAAACAAUACUUGAUGUUGGUCGGCUUUUUCUGGACUAGCAGCGUCGCAAACAACUAUGCAUUCGACUUUAAUAUUUCUAUGCCCCUUCAUAUGAUAUUCCGAGCGGGAUCUUUAAUGGCGAAUAUGGCCAUGGGUGUGUGGAUUCUAAAGAAAAGAUAUCCACCUUUGAAAUACUUAGCAGUAUUCAUGAUAUCGGCAGGUAUUGCCAUUUGUACAAUCCAAUCCAGUGGUGAUGUUAAAGCGCCAAGAGAAACUCACAAAGACGCAGCCGAAGAAGAAAGGCUACAGUUUAUUGACUGGCUCUGGUGGUGCCUUGGGAUUGCUAUACUCACCUUCGCAUUAUUCGUGUCUGCAAGAAUGGGGAUAUUCCAGGAAUCUUUAUAUGCAAAGUACGGGAAACAUCCAUGGGAAGCACUUUAUUAUACCCACUUAUUGCCUUUAGUUUUCUGGUUACCAACAGCUCAGAACUUGGUCGGUCAUGUCAAGAUCGCGACUGAGACGCCUAUGGUCGAAGUACUGGGUGUUACUCUCCCACGACAAGUCUUAUGGCUUAUACUUUACGUUGUGACCCAAGGACUCUGUAUUAGUGCUGUCUACGUUUUGACAACCGAGUGUGCGUCACUAACUGUCACUUUGACAGUUACGUUGAGGAAGUUUGUGUCACUUCUGUUCUCUAUAAUGUACUUUAGGAAUCCCUUCACUUUGGGACACUGGAUCGGUACACUGCUCGUAUUUAUAGGGACUCUAAUAUUCACUGAGAUAUUGCAGAAGUGUGUAGCCAUAUUCCUACCAGCGCCUGCGCCAGUUGAAAAGAAGAAGAAGAAAUAAAUUUAGUGAUCAUUAUAAUGUAGAGAAAUUUAUCUGUGACAUUGUGAUUGUGCAAAUAAUUUGGUUGGUUUUUUUUAUUUAUAUACUUUUUUUAUCGCUUGAAUCUUUGUAAGAAUAAACAUGAAGCAUAAUAUAGUU